CUUGCCUCAUUCACGUUGAGUAAUCGGGCCACAGGGGUCCGCAGACGAUGGACUUCAACAUGGGAACAAUCCUUACCCUGAUAUUGCUCAUUCUAGGGAGUAGCGCAUGUGUAGCCGAUGAAGCUUAUCCAGUAGGCGACGUUGGCAAUUGCUUCCCUGGCAAGGACAUCAAGCGGUUUGAGGUACUACCCGGGGGAGGCUGGGACAAUCUCCGAAACAUCCCUGGCGGACGGGUUGCAAGUUUCAAUUACAGCCUCUGUCGGCUUACGGAGGACAAGGUCUACAUUAUCCCUGAUAACACGUACGUUAGUCCCGUCAAGCAGAGCAGAAUGGACUCGUUUGCAGAGAUCAUCAAGCAUUGGAGUGACUAUAAGAGUACCACAGCCACGUCCGUGAAUGUAGGUGCCUCGUUCUCUGGUUUUGGAGUCAGUGUUAGCGGUUCCUUCUCGUACGAACACCAACAGGUAAAGGAUCAGCAGGUCAAGGAUAGCUCGUCCACCGUCCGAGUCACCUUGAAGCAGCACCUUUACACCAUGGCCCUCCAACCAGGCUUUCAACUCCAUCCACACUUCAAAGCUCGACUUCUUGAUGUAGCUCGUCACAUUGAAGGCAACAACACCCGAAUGGCUGAUUAUGAACUGGACCUGCUCGUCCGUGAUUACGGCACCCACGUCAUCACCUCUGUCGAUGCCGGGGCGAGCUUAUCACAGCUUCAACAAAUUCGCUCUAAGUAUCUUCAAGAUCACGAGAAACAAGGAACAUCAGUGGAGGUAAAAGUAUCGGCUAGUGCUCAAUUUUUUGUCUCGGUUGGCUUUCAUAGUGAUGUUAAGCAUUCAUCUAGUAACGAACAGACAAAAGGAUAUUCAGACAGUCUGACACAUUCCGAAAUCAAGACUUUUGGUGGCCCACCCUUCAGAAGUAACUUCUCGUUGAACGACUGGGAGAGGGGGGUGCCUAACGCGCUGGUGGCAAUCGACAGAACUGGGCUCCCAUUAAACUUCGUUAUCAAUAAGAACAACAUGCACGAACUCAAUGAAGUUACUCUCUACAGACUUACCUACGAUCUUGAGAGGGCUAUCGGACGCUACUUCAAAUUCAACACGGUUCUCGGAUGUACCGAUCACAACUCGCCAGCAGGCUUUGACUUUCAGGCAAAUGUGGAUGACGGUUCUUGUAACAAGAAAAUCGGAAGGUAUGUUUUCGGGGGCGUCUUCCAGGAGAUUAGCACUGAUUCAAUUCAUGAACAGAUAUUACAUGAAAACACUGAUCGCUUAAAAGAACUCGUCCAACGCCACCCGAUCACUGGUAAGUUCUCUUGUCCGGAAGGGUUCAAGACAGCACUCUUGAAAAAGGGAACCUUGUAUUCCUCGCGUAGAUACUGUGAUUGCGUUGAUGGACACGCGCCUUGCACCUGUCGUUACAUUGUUCUUGCUACCUACACGUCGUACUGGUGCUAUAGGUUUGAGGACAGUUCAACAUCGACGAAAGUGUCCGGACUUCGUUACGGUGGUAUCUACACGUCGACCGUGAGCAAUCCCGUGACUGAGACCCAUGGUUGCCCGGGCGGAUUCUACCCACUUCAUAUCGGACUGGAUAUCAAGGUGUGCGUCGGUGAUCCCCUCACUAAGGCGUCCGAGAUGUCGCAUCCAUGUUUUCGUUUUUGGUUCUUCAGUUGUACCGAAAGAGUCACGCUUGUGAAUCCAAUAUUUGACUACUCGCAGCCCUUCGCUGGUUUCUUGAGCUGUCAAGCCGGGAAUCCAUUGCUGUUCGGGGAGCGGAACGCCAAUGGUAAUGCAGGUUCUGUCGAGUCCUUUUUUGAACACCAGCCUCCCUCGACCUGGCCCAAUCGCUGUCCCCUCGGAUACAGUCAGCAUCUCGUCGCCAUCGAAGACGACUGCGAGAUCAGUGUCUGCACCCGUUCCAUGGGGAGGCAGGCCCUGAAGAUCAAAAGACCGCCAUUCCAACGACCCCCGCAGCUUCUGCCGAUGACGACGCUUCAACCCGCUGCCUUGGCAUGGAAGAGUCUCACCAAAACAGGCCAACAGUGGACUAACAUAGGAGCAAGCCUCAUUCCGGAGUCGGAGAUGAAACCAAUGGAAUCCUCUAUAACUGCGGGCGCCAGUACAGGUCUGCAAAGCGGUCAAAUUGCUGGGAUUUCAAUUGGUGUCACUUUGCUGGUUGCUACUGUGAUUUUGUUGAUAGUCAUUGGCUUAAAGCGGCGAGAAUGGCUUGGUUAUUCUACAAUACCAGCAAGCAGCAGCAGGAUAGACAACGAUGGGAUUCACGAUACAAUAAUGGACCAUAUACCAUAUCACGUCCAUGGGGGCGCGCGUGAACAACCUGUUUAAGGGCCAUACUCUAAACCUAAAAACUUUCACGCCUAUUUUCUAAACAUUUCAAAAAUCAUCACGAUAUCAUUGGAAAUCAACAUUUCUUCCGGUGUUUCUAACGAAAAAAUGUCUGUGUCGUUAUUUUCGCGAAUCGAUAUCAUUAAAUAGAGGUGUGUCCUGAUUAGAGAAGUCGAAUUGAAUGGAAACUACCACUUUGGACCAAAACUAGUGUUCUUAUUUAGGGGUUGUCCUUAGUAGAGAGGUGCCCACUAAGGGAGGUUCCACUGUACCUGCUAUAAUCUAUUCUUGCUUCUAGCUGUACACCAGCUAUUAUCUAUACUUGCUAAUUACGGAUAGACUGUUUUUCAGCAUUCACGACAGUAUGAAUUAAAUAAGAGCAUACGAACUUUGAAGAA